ACCACCACCACCCCCCCUCUCUGUCUCUCUCUCUCACCCUCUUUUAUUUUAAUCCCCCUCCUUGUAGCAAGCAAGCGGUUCCUUACGCCGGAGGCCGCCAUGGUCGCCCCACCGAGCACCGGUCUUCAGCAAGCGCUCCAGGCGGUGGUGCAAAGCGUUCACUGGACCUACAGCCUCUUCUGGCAGGUCUGCCCGCAACAAGGAACUCUGGUGUGGGGAGAUGGAUACUACAAUGGCGGGAUAAAGACGAGGAAGACGGUGCAGCCGGUGGAGGUGAGCACGGAGGAAGCUUCUCUUCAGAGGAGCCAGCAGCUGAGGGAGCUCUUCGAGUCGUUGUCGUCGGGUGAGGCCAACCUACCGGCACGGCGACCUUGCGCAGCCCUCUCACCGGAGGAUCUCACCGAGGCGGAAUGGUUCUACCUCAUGUGCAUUUCCUUCUCCUUCCCUCCCGGUGUUGGGUUACCAGGGAAGGCAUUUGCGAGGCAACGACAUGUUUGGCUCACGAGAGCAAACGAGGUUGAUAGCAAAGCAUUCUCGAGGGCCAUUCUCGCAAAGAGUGCUCACGUCCAGACAGUUGUGUGCAUCCCUCUCAUGGAUGGAGUUCUUGAGUUAGGUAAUAUAGAAAAGGUUGAGGAAGACAUGGCAUUGAUACAACAUGCAAAGAGAUUCUUCACGGACUACUUUGAUGUACACACAAAGCCUGCCCUCUCCGAGCAAUCUGCUUCGAAUCAAUUCGCAAGCGCAGACCAUGCACUGUAUCAUCAGCAAGCACCAAUCAUACAUCAGAUGAACAUGGAGACACAUGCUUCCAACCAAGAAGAAGAUGACGCUCAUGAUCAUAACGAAGAUUACAACGACGACGACGAUGAUGACGGCGACGACGACGGUGACGGCAGUUGUCGAUCGGAGCUUAAAGGGAUGAGAUACGGUGUUGAUGUAUCGAUGCAUCAUCCAGCGGUAGCAGCAGCAGCAGCAGCAGCAGAAGAAGAAGAAGCAAGUGAGUUGAUGCAGCUUGAGAUGUCGGAAGAUAUCAGGGUAGGCUCCGUCAGUGAUUGUUCCAAUAACUUGGACGUAGAACACAUGCCCGAUGGAGAGUCUAAAAAACAAAGACAAGAUCAUGACUUCUCUAAAAACUGGCAUUUCCUACUUGAAGAUCUUGGUAAUGGAUUUGGAUUCCAACAGUCAUUAGGGACUCAAGUUCAAGACUUCUCUUCGGAAGAUGCACACUAUUCUGAGACGGUUUCCAGCAUUCUACGACACAACAUGAAUCGAUGGGUGGAUGCGAGCUCCUUCAGCUACUUGGUUCGUUCUCACAACUCGGCGUUCUCUAUGUGGAGCUGUAAAAGAGAUCAUACGGUGUCAUCGCAAGGGAGUUCGCAGUGGCUACUGAAGAGCGUUCUCUUGAACAUCCGCGAUCGACUCUGCAAGCUUGGCGAUGGCAGAGAUGGAGAGGGUGGAAACAAGCUUCAGAAGUGUGCAACGCAGGAAGAAGUGAGUGCUAACCAUGUGCUUGCUGAGCGCCGUAGAAGAGAGAAGCUCAAUGAGAGGUUUAUGGUCCUUCGAUCAUUGGUUCCAUUUGUGACCAAGAUGGACAAGGCAUCAAUAUUAGGUGAUACGAUUGAGUACAUCGAGCAACUACGAAGGCGCAUUCAAGAUCUGGAGGGAAGAAACAGGCAGCAGUCAUCAAAGAGACAAUGUGGCUCCCAAGUGGGGAACUGCAAACUGGACGUACAAAGAAGGGUUGGUUUGUCAGCUGACAAGAGGAAACUGCAGGUGCUCGAAGGAAGCAAUGGAAUGGCCACGACAAGUGUGCAUGUCUCCAUGGCAGAAGCUGAUGCUCUCCUGGAGCUGCACUGCCCUUGCAGAGAUGGGUUGCUGCUGGACAUCAUGCAGACGCUUCAUGAGCUCGGGUUGGAGGUCUCCUCCCUGCAGUGUUCCUCCACUAAUGGCGUGUUCGGUGCGGAGAUGCGUUCUAAGAUGAAAGAGGCAUACGGAAGGAGAGUUGACAUUGUGGAGCUGAAGAAGGCGAUUCACCAAAUAAUCUCUGACCAUUAACCCUGACGGGGUAUCAAUAAAGUUGACAUGAAUGAGCAGCAAUGGCCCGCUAAUACUUGAUUACAAACAUAGAGUAUACAGCGUAACUAUUACACUAUACUGAUAUAGUGCACUCAUAUAUACUAGGAUUACUUUGUGAGAAUAAGUACAUGGAUGUGAUAUAGCACACAAAUGACCUGUUGUGUGUUCAUUAAUGGUUGCUGAGUCAGCUGAAAUAUGAAGUUAAGAACUAACUUUGGACCGGCCA